GCCCGUCCGGCGCCGCGUCCGCUGAAGUGGCGUUCGGCUGGCUGGCCGAUGGCGCGCCCGGAGGGGGAGGCGGAGAUCCACCCGCUCAAGGCCCGAGAGGCGCCGGCCUCGCCGGGGAGCGGGGCUCGGGACGCCGAGAAGGAGGCGGGCGGCGGUGCGCAGCCUGGGCGUCUCUCGCAGUGGCGCACCGCGGCCUUCUUCCUCUCGCUCUACCUUUGCCUCGGCGUGGCCUUCGCCUUCUCCUUCGUCAUCCCCUGCCCGGUCAGGCCCGCCUCGCGGACGGCCUGGAGCAGGGUCUACGACGACGCCGCUGCGUACGCCUUCCUGGCCGCGGGGGACGCCGACCGGGACCGAGUGCAAGACCUCCUCGUGGCCUUCCAGGCCGGCCCCGGCAGCCGGAACGCCAGCGGUGCCGACCAGGAGGGCUCUUGCUCAGAAGGAGGCUUCGCCGCUCCCUGCGCCUUCGUGGCGGCGCAUUCGGGCACCAACGGCAGCACGCUAUGGGAAAGGCCGGUGGCCCAGGAGCUGCUCCUGAUGGACUGCUCGGUGGAGCACGGCGGGUCUCCGGCCUGCCUUCUCGUGGGGAACCCGGCUUCCCUCACCCUCCUCGACCUGGAAACAGGCCAAACUCGGUGGAAUGAGGCAGUCAGUUUUGGGGCUAACUCUACAGUCUUGAGUCCCUUACUGAAGAUUCCUGAUAUCGACAAAGACGGUGUGCCUGAUUUCUUGGUCUUUGCUGCCGCAGGACAGGAGAUUAAGAGCUGCUUCUAUUCAGGAACAUUUGGCACGCAAAUGAAAUUCAGCGGAAGUCUGCAUUUGCCAGGACUGAUUGGGCACCUCUUGCACGUCACCAAGAGUGGAGCCCAUUACAUCCUGUUCUACACGGCAAAGGCUCUUUUUGCCUACUCGCUGAAGGAGCUCUAUCACAUGGCUGUGGGCCCAGCAAGCGCAGCCCUUGCCAGCCUGAAGGAAGAUGCAGAGUGGGAGAUGGCGAUGCGUCACAAGGCCCGACAGGUGCCCCUUGCCAGCUCUGGAGAUAUUCAAUACGUGACAAAGAUGUCAGAGAAAUCGGGGAGCCAUAUUUUGGUUGCAAGAUCAGCUAUGUUGGAGCUGGUGAAUGGACAGCAGCUGAGUUCAUUGUGGGUUGUUGGUAUGCCACACAUCUUGAGGGAGCCUGUUCUCGGAGCCUUUGGUCCUGAUGAGGUUGCCGUGGCCAUUGAAAGCAGAGUCUCACAUGAAACAAAAAAGGUUACAAUUGUGGAGGGCAGCUCUGGCGUCAUCAAGUGGGAAGUGGAGCUGCGUUCAGAAAUGCAGAGUCCCAAGCCAGCCACUCUUGCAACUGCUGAUCGCAGAUCCUUCUUCCUCUUUUGGGGCCUCUACCAGGACGAAAAAAAUGAAACGGGAUCUUGGCAUGGAAGUCGGCAGCAGCGGCUGUACCUAUUCCAUCCCUCCCUGCCUGCUGUCCUCUUGGAGCUGAGCAACAGCACUGAGCCCAUAGUGGCCUUUGAAGGGUUGCUUUUUGAGCGAAACCGCCAUGCCUGUUACGUGCUGCUGGCAGGCCCCCAGGUUGGCAGCUCCCGUGGGAGAGUGGUGCUCUCAAAGCGGAAGCUGAAGGAAGAUAUUUUCAGCAGUCAUGUGAUCUGGCUCAACCAGAUGCCCCAAGACACCGAUCAGAAUGUCCGGGACUAUUUCCAUCGGAUGAGAUUCCGUACUUUUGGGUGAGGAGUACAACCUCAAAGACUUUCAAACCUUAAGCUCACCAGGGAGAAGAGUAAACCACACUUGGCUCCUAGAACAGUUUGGCUAGGACUUGGAUCCCGUUCCCUGGAUUGUGCAGAGAGGCACCAGAUUAAACAGCGUGGGGGAGGGGGGGACACAACGACACACACGCAUUUUGCCUCCUUUGACCACCAGGGGCAUCCAUGUCCCAGAGGAGAAAGAUCCUGGAGAUGGUGCAACUGGGGUGGGGCAAUUCUAACAGAUGGGUGCCUGGCCAUCUGGCUCCUCUUACUCAUCCUUCCCACUGGAACAGUGGACUCUGUGCAGCUUGGCUGUAUAACUGCGCCAGCCCCAGAAGUGCCUUGGUCCUCUCAGAGUCAUAGCUGGCUUGGAUCCUAUGACCUCCCAGAAGAAUCUGCAGAGGAACUUCAUUGGCCUUGGCCACCUCUGUUCCCAAAGUGAUGCAACUGGGCUGAUCUCCAGCUCAUAGGCACCGAGCCAUGCAGGUUGGCUUUGCCAGGGACCGGGGCAUCCAAUUCGUCUGCCUCCUUUUUUCUGUGCUGUGUCCAAGCCUCAGGUGUGGCUUUUUCUAUCACACUUCAAAGGUGGGCCUGCUUUGCAGAGCUGGAGUUCAUUUAUCUGACCUGCCCCAGAUAAUUUCAAUUUCAAUAAAUUCAGCUUUGGCCACAA